AUGAAGCGUGCCGCGGAGGAUGUUGCAAGUCCGAAAGUGCGAAAACUGGAGGUGGUCACUGUGGAGGUGCGGGCUGUGAGCGGCAACUGCUUGGGAAUGUUCGAGAUGUCGCCCAGCAGCACCAUCGCAGAUGUCAAGGCCAAGCUGGAGGAAGUACCUGGCCGUUUCCAUUUGGUCUCCGAAGGCAGCGAAGCGCUUCCAGAGCACACGCAGCUCCUGACGUUCGAGGGCGCCCGGCUGGCGCUGACGCUGGUCUGGCGCCGCAAGGGCUUCGCCUAUGCCGCGCACGUUGAUGGGUCUCUCACGCUCUGGGAUCUGGAUAGCAGGGAGGCAAUACAUCGUCUGCGAUGCUCGCUGUGCCAGCCGCAGUGUCCCAUUGCCCUCUUUGUGGACUGGGAGAAGCGCCGAUUGCUUUGCUGCUUGGAGGAUGGGACGCUCUAUUUGUGGGGCAAUGCGGAGGCAACCUUUGAUGACUCGCUUCAUUUGCUACGAGUCUCCAAGGACACCGAAAUGGACCGGUCAGGUGUCAGUUCAAAGGAGGCGCUUGCCGUUUGUUGGUCUGAAGAUCUUGUGCUCGUCGGCAUGAUGUCUGGGUGCUUACUUCUUUGGAACGUGCAAUCUGGCAAGAAGAUGAAAACAUUCCGCGGACAUCGAAGUUGUGUAGAUGUGGUGCGAGUCUGCUGGGAGAGCCAAAUGGCCCUCAGUGCUGGCCGAGAUCGUCUCAUUCGAUUAUGGAAGAUGGAGACCGGUGAGUGCUGCGUUCUUCGUGGUCAUACCAGCUCUGUUCAGUGCUUGUUGGUAAACUGGGAGAGAAGGCAAGCCAUCACGGCUGGGUUGAUGGACGGCCUGCGCUUCUGGAGCCUCUAUUCCCGUCAGGCAGUUCAGGUAUGCACUCAUGCAUGUCCUGAAGGGCAAAAACUGAUUUGCUCCGACGUGGAUUGGGCAAGCGAGCGAGCCAUCACUGCAUCAGGAUCUGGUAUCCUCACUGUUUGGGACGUAAGCCUCUUCAAGGUUGUUUGGAGCCACGGCCGUCAUGGCGGCGAUGUGACUUCUGUCUCCUUCGAGCCUGGCGCCCGGCGCUGCCUCAGCGCCGGCAGCGCGGCGGUAUGCCUGUGGGAUGCUGCUGGCAAUUCUUUGUGUCGCAUACAUCAAGGUGGCUGCGAGCUGGGCUGCUUGGUCCUGGACUGGGCAAGCGGUUGGCUGCUUUCUGGUUCUGAUACCGUCCGGCUGUAUGCCUGGCAGCCCGAGCGAUAUGGCGCUUUGGUGCAGGCAGAUCUACUCUGUGAGCUGCGAAACAGGGAGAUGCAGAGCCCCACUAUUUGCCUUGCUGUGGAAUGGAGGGAAGCUGUCAGUGUGUGA